CCUGCCCAGCCCGGCCCGGCGGCGCACAUGCGGCUGCAGCCCGCCCGACGGCCUCGCCCCGGUGCCAAAAGGAUGCUGGCCGCCUCCCCCGGUGCCAGGAAGGGCGCCGAGGCCGGGUACCCGCUCCACUCUCUGGUGUGGCACAACCAGCCCCGCGAGCUCGAGGCCGAGCUCAGCUCCAAGCAGGUGGAUAUCGAACAGCUGGACCCCCGAGGGCGCACCCCCUUGCACCUAGCCACCACCCUGGGGCACCUAGAGUGCGCCCGAGUCCUCCUGCGCCAUGGGGCGGACGUGGGCAAGGAGAACCGCAGUGGCUGGACAGUGUUGCAGGAGGCAGUGAGCACCCGGGAUCUGGAGCUCGUCCAACUGGUGCUGCGUUACCGCGACUACCAGCGGGCCAUCAAGCGCCUGGCCGGCAUCCCCCUCCUGCUUGAGAGGCUGCGCAAGGCUCAAGAUUUCUACGUGGAGAUGAAGUGGGAGUUUACGAGCUGGGUCCCCCUGGUCUCCAAAAUCUGUCCCAGCGACACGUACAAGGUCUGGAAGUGUGGGCAGAACCUCCGAGUGGACACGACGCUCCUGGGCUUUGACCACAUGACGUGGCAGCGUGGCAGCCGCAGUUUCAUCUUCCGAGGACAAGACAGCAGCGCCGUCGUAAUGGAGAUUGACCACGACCGGCAAGUGGUCUACACCGAAACGCUGGCGCUGGCCACCCACGACCGGGAGGGACUCCUGGCCAUGGUGCAGCCCACGGAGGAGCAGGUGAUGGGUCGCCUCCUGGCCCCCGUGGUCGCCACCCAGCUGGACACGCGCAACAUUGCCUUUGAGAGGAACAAGACGGGUAUUUUGGGCUGGAGGAGCGAGAAGACGGAGGUGGUGAACGGGUACGAGGCCAAGGUUUACGGGGCUUCCAAUGUAGAGCUUAUCACUCGGACGCGGACCGAGCAUCUCUCGGAGCAGCACAAAGGAAAAACCAAAGGCGGGAAAACCCCUCUCCAGUCCUUCCUGGGCAUUGCCGAACAACACGUGGGCCCCAACAAUGGGGCUCUCAUCACGCAAACGCUGAGCCACGCCAACCCCAACGCCAUCACGCCAGAGGAAUACUUCAACCCCACUUUCGAGCUGGGGAGCCGGGAUAUGGGGCGCCCCAUUGAACUCACCACCAAGACGCAGAAGUUCAAGGCAAAGUUGUGGCUCUGUGAAGACCACCCUCUCUCGCUGGCUGAGCAGGUGGCCCCCAUCAUCGACCUGAUGGCCGUCAGCAACGCCCUCUUUGCCAAACUGCGGGACUUCAUCACUCUGCGCCUGCCCCCGGGGUUCCCUGUGAAAAUUGAAAUCCCCAUCUUCCACAUCCUCAAUGCCCGCAUCACCUUUGGAAACCUCAACGGCUGCGAUGAAGCCGUGGUCUCGAUCCGAGGGGCCGGCAGCCCCGGCAGUGACGCCCCGUCGCCAGGCAGUGAUCGCUCCAGCAUAAGCAGCUCCAGCUCUCUUGGCUCCUGCCGGUGCUAUGAAAUGGACCCGUCUCUGUUCGAGGCCCCGCAAGGCUACAGCGUCAUUGGGACCCAUCCGGAGCCCCUGCGGGGAGAAGAUGACGACGACCUCCUCCAAUUCGCCAUCCAGCAGAGUUUGCUAGAAGCUGGGAGCGAGUAUGACCAGGUGACCAUUUGGGAGGCCUUGACUAACAGCAAGCCAGGCACCCACCCCAUGUCCAAAGACGGGCGCAAAGUCGACAGGACGCCCCAGCACACGCCCCCGCCCCGCCCCACAACCCCACAGCAGCCCCCCACGGCACCCUCGGCGGGCAGGGGGCCCAGCCACCCGCUGCCCAGUUACGCAGAGCAACUCCGCCUAGCCAUGGAGCUGUCCGCAAAGGAGCAAGAGGAGGCCGAGCGGCGCACGCGGCAGGAAGAGGAGGAGUUUGAGCGGAUCCUGCGCCUCUCACUCACCGAACAGUAGCAGAGCACCCCCCCCCACACACACACAGUGAUCCGGGAAGGGGGGGCUGCGUGAUGGUGGGGAGCUAGCAGCAGCCAUGCACAAUCCCCUGGCCUGCCUCCAGGUGGUGCCAGAGCUCUGCGGACUCUGAGGACCCCCCCUUUCUAUUCUCAGCCAUGCCAAGUGACUUAUCAGCAAGAAUUUGGAGUGGGGGGUCAGGAAUGGAAUA